UCUGUACAAGGACAUCAUGAUGGAGGAUCACCGGCCCGUCACAUCACCAGUUAAGGAAGAGAUAACAACACCGGAGAGAUGUCCCAGUCCUCUUCUUCCACAGGAUGGUUCAGAAGAACAUCACAGUGUCCCACAGGAUGAUUCUGAUAACUGUUGGAACAUAGAGAAACAGCUGGUAUCUUCAGAUGAUUGUGGUAUCACACAAGUUACAUUUGAAGAGAAUGCCAAUAUCCAAGAUAUAUCUUCAUCCAAUCACACAAAAAAUGUAUCAUUUGAUCCUUUAAAACAGGUCCAAUCUUAUGAUUCAUCACAGAAUGUAACACAGAAUAAAAGUUACAGAGUCAGUGUUAAACAUGAAACAGCUCAAGUGAAAGAGAAGCCAUUUUCAUGUCUAGAAUGUGGUAAAUGUUUUAAGAAGAAACCAGCUCUUGUUGUACAUCAGAGAAAUCAUACAGGGGAGAAGCCAUUUUCAUGUUCAGAAUGUGGGAAAUGUUUUAACCUUAAAGCAACUCUUGAAACCCAUCAGAGAAUUCACACAGGAGAGAGGCCAUUUUCAUGUUCGGAAUGUGGGAAAUGUUUUAAGCAGAAAUCAAGUUUUUUUGUACAUCAGAGAAUUCACACUGGGGAGAAGCGAUUUUCUUGCUCAGAAUGUGGGAAAUGUUUUGACCGCAAAUCAGCUCUUGAUAGCCAUCAGAGAAUUCACACAGGAGUGAAGCCAUUUUCAUGUUCGGAAUGUGGGAAAUGUUUUAACCAGAAAUACAUUCUUGUUGCACAUCAGAGAAGUCACACAGGAGAGAAACCAUUUUCUUGCUCAGAAUGUGCGAAAUGUUUUGACCGCAAAUCAGCUCUUGAUGUCCAUAAGAGAAUUCACACUGAAAAGAAGCCAUUAUCAUGUUCAGAAUGUGGUAAAUGUUUUCACCAUAAUUCAUCUCUUCUUAAACAUCAGAGAAUUCACACAGGAGAGAAACCAUUUUCAUGUUCCGAAUGUGGGAAAUGCUUUCACUGUAAUUCAUCUCUUCGUAAACAUAAGAGAAUUCACACAGGAGAGAAGCCAUUUUCAUGUUCAGAAUGCGGGAAAUGUUUUAACGAUAAAUCACGUCUUAAUAUACAUCAGAAAAUUCACAAAGCAGAGAAGCCAUUUUCAUGUUCGGAAUGUGGAAAAUGUUUUAAGCAUAAAUUUGUUCUUGUUGGACAUCAGAAACUUCACACAGGAGAGAAGCCAUUUCCAUGUUCAGAAUGUGGGAAAUGUUAUAGCACUAAAACACGUCUUAAUCUACAUCAGAGAAUUCACACAGGAGAGAAACCAUUUUCAUGUUCUGAAUGUGGUAAAUGUUUUAACCGUAAAUCCGUUCUUGUUACACAUCAGAAAAUUCAUACAGGGAAGAAGCCAUUUUCAUGUUUACAAUGUGGGAAAUGUUAUAGCACUAAAUCGCGUCUUAAUCUACAUCAGAGAAAUCACACAGAGGAGAAGCCAUUUUCAUGUUCUGAAUGUGGAAAAUGUUUUAUUGAGAAAACAUCUCUUGUUAUACAUCAGAGGGAUCACACAGAGGAGAAGCUAUUUUCAUGUUCGGAAUGUGAGAAAUGUUUUAAGCAGAAAGGAGCUCUUGUUGUACAUCAAAGAGUUCACUCAGGAGAGAGGCCAUUUUCUUGUUCAGAAUGUGGGAAAUGUUUUAAGCAGAAAGGAGCUCUUGUUGUACAUCAGAGAGUUCACUCAGGAGAGAGGCCAUUUUCAUGUUUAGAAUGUGGGAAAUGUUUUACGCAGAAAUCAGGUCUUGUUGCACAUCAAACUACUCACACAGGAGAGAAGCCAUCUUCAUUCUUAGCCAGUUAGUUACCACCCUUACGUGUUUUUAUGGUAGUCAGUGUCGUUGGCUUUAUUCCAUCAGAUACUCCUUUUUACAGAGAGAUAAAACAGCACCUUGCUUUGAGUUACCAGAGGUAGCUGCAGGGCUAUUCUGCAGUAGCUUCAGCCCAAAGGUUUGUGCUGGAAGUACAAAGAUCUGCUCACUAUGUAGAGGAUGGGGAUGGUUAUUGCACCACUUUCUCCUAUUCGAGCAGCACUUCAGUAAUCAGCUCCACUCACUACAGAAUGGAUGAACUACAGUUCAGGUCCUGGAGAUACUAAAUGCUAGAUUGUAGAUGUUUGACGUAUUUCAUAUAUGUAAUAAAGGCCUUGAAUGUCAGUAUUUGUUAAAA